UGCCUAACCCCCAACCCCUACCGCCUUUAAACCAGGCAUAACUGCCUAAGACACAGAUUCGCUUUCACUUUGAGGAGCUUUGAAAGACCAACGGCAUGAACAACUUCAGAAGCCAUGGUCUGGGAACAUAUUCUAACCAGACUUUUUCAAGUUUGAGAGUCAAUCUUUCUUCACAAUCCGGAACUUUCUCUGUCCGGUCCUCAGCUAGAUGCCAGUAAAGGUGAUCCACACCAAAAUUACCACAUCGAUAACCCCAGGCCUCGAGUCUAUGACUACCGUCAGUUCCCCUCAGGCCCUGUUCCGGGCCCUGGGCCUUCUUCGUCUGCUGCAGCUGUCAUCUUCCUGCGUGGCUUUCUCAAUAGUGGUCCACAUGGAAGCCUGGACGGGCCCCAUGGGCAACUGGUGCCUGUUCUCCUGGUUCUUCAGCUUCUUCGUGACCCUGAUAAUCCUGAUUGUGGAGUUGAGUGGACUGCACAGCCGCUUCUCCAAGUCUUGGCUGGAAAUCCCCAUCACCUGUGCCUGCUAUGCCACCCUCUUCUGUCUGACAUCUUCCAUCAUCUAUCCUACCACCUAUGUGAGGUUCAUGUCCCAUGGAUACGCCAGAAAUCAGGCUAUCAGAGCCAGUAUCUUCUCCUGCAUCGCCUGCUUGGCUUACGGGACAGAAGUGAUCUGGACUCUGGAAAGGCCUGGUCAUGGCUCUAGCUACAUGACCACUCUGCCGGGGAUGCUCAAGAUUAUGGAGUCUUUCAUUGCCUGCCUCAUCUUUGCUUUCCUCAGUAACCGAUACUUGUACGGGCACGAACCUGCCCUGGAGUGGUGUGUGGCCGUGUACUCCAUAAGCUUCAUCCUAACCAUGUUGGUCAUCCUGCCGACCUUGGGGAAUUUUACCAUCACGUUCCCCAACUUCUUGAGAAGCAUAUCUUUCAUAUGUGUCCUCUUGUACUCCACCGCCAUGGUCCUCUGGCCUCUGUACCAUUUCAGUGAGGGAUUUCGUGGCCAGCCCAAUCGAGAAAAGGAUUCGAGCUGCGGUGGCUCCUACACAGUGUGUAGCUGGGACCGCAAACUGACAGUGGCCGUCUUGACCGGUGCCAACCUGCUGUUAUAUACAUUUGACUUUAUCAACUAUGGCUAGCUGGUGUCGAGGUCUAAGAUUCACAAGAUGAUCCCUUGGCAUAUCCCUGCUGCAACAACUUCAUUUCCUUGCCCCGUUUCCUCCUCUCCCCUUUUCUUUAUACCUUCAACCCAAUUCAUUAUUCUAUUUCCAGUUUAUUUUCCUUUCCUUUCCUUUUUUCCUUUUUUUUUUCUUCUGGGUUUUAUCGUCCUAUUUGCACCUGAGUUGUGUCUCCAUAGCUCUCAUCUUUAACACUUUUGGUUUUUGUUUUUGUUUUUGUUUUUGUUUUUUGUUUUUGUUUUUGUUUUUUUUUGUCUUCAGCUACUCUCACCCCAAAGGUGUUAGGCUGACA